AUGGACACCUGUAUUAAGAAACAAUGGAGAAUAUAUCCAGUAGCACCGCUCAUAGCGAGACAGAUUUACAAACCAAUCAAUCUGCUGCAUCAUGAUCCUCGUCAAUUUCCCGAUCCGCAUAUUUAUCGUCCAGAGCGUUUCUUGCCGGAUAGCCCAAAAUUACCGCUUUACAAUUUCAUCCCUUUCAGUGCUAAAUCACGAAACCGUAUCGGCUCGAGAUUUGCCACAUCAGUUAUCAAAGUGGCUGUGUUAUCCGUGCUAAAAGCUUUCCGCGUGGAGGCCUUCGAUACAGAAGAUCAAUUGCGUUUUAUAUCGGAAUUAAAUGAUUUAAAGGAACUCAGGGAUCAUAUAAUGUUCCCAACCGAACGAUCCGCAGUACUUAACACUGUGGCACGAGGAAUAAUGGAGAGACCUACCUCCUUGCAAGGAGGUGCCAUUUCUAACCUCUUAGAUAAAGCAUCCAUAGAAAAAUUAGCCAAUACAUUAGGCACAACAGAAGUCACGUUACAAAAUAUCCACAAAUUAACAUGGCUGGACACCUGUAUUAAAGAACAAUGGAGAAUAUAUCCAGUAGCACCGCUCAUAGCGAGACAGAUUUACAAACCAAUCAAUUUAAUGGGUAACGAAAUUCCAUCAGGUUCCACAGUUCUCAUCAAUUCUUAUUUGCUGCAUCGUGAUUCUCGUCACUUUCCCGAUCCGCAUAUUUAUCGUCCGGAGCGUUUCUUGCCGGAUAGCCCAAAAUUACCUCCUUACACUUUCAUCCCUUUCAGCGCUGGAUCACGAAAUUGUAUCGGCUCAAGAUUUGCCACAUCGGUCAUCAAAGUGGCUGUAUUAUCUGUGCUAAAAGCUUUCCGCGUGGAGGCUUUCGAUACAGAAGAUCAAUUACGUUUCAUAUCGGAAUUAGUACUAGUAAAUGCGAACGGACUUCGGCUAAAAAUAACACCACGUUAA